AUGACUCGCACCUACGAGGCUGCGAUCUCGUCCCUCAACUCUUUGCAGUCUAACUAUGCGAUUGUAGAGCAGGUUCGCAAAUCGGGGAAGGCCCUCAAUGAGCUCUCUCUCCCGGAGACAGUUGAGUGGCUCCGAUGCAUCGGAUACAAGACCUCCGAUCUUAACCGAUUGAACGCAAUCCACGUUGCCGGAACGAAAGGCAAAGGCUCGACUUCUGCAUUCAUCUCCACGAUCCUCUCUCAAUACACCAAAGCAGAACCCAACCAGCCCACACCCAAGGUCAACAAGAUCGGCCUCUACACCUCCCCCCAUCUCCGGUUCGCACGCGAGCGCAUCCAGAUCGAUAACACCCCGAUAUCUGAGGAAACAUUCGCACGUUAUUUCUUUGAAGUAUGGGACCGACUUGAAGAAGCCGCCAGGGUGGCAGGCAAGCAGCCCGAUACGCCUGGAACGAAGCCUCAAUAUUUCCGCUACUUGACGAUUAUGGCGUUCCAUACAUACCUAAGCGAGGGCGUGGACGCUGCAGUCAUCGAAUGUGGAAUUGGUGGCCAGUACGAUUGUACCAAUGUUAUUGAGCAGCCUAAGGUGACUGCCAUUACUAGUCUUGGUAUCGACCAUACUGCCAUGCUGGGAACUACCAUUGAGCAAAUCGCAUGGCACAAGGGUGGUAUUAUCAAGCGGGGUACAAGAGGCUUCUCGGCCCCGCAACUCACCAGCGCGGAGGAGGUCCUUGCUCAACGUGCUGAAGAGGUGGGUACUAAAUUGGAUAUUGUGCGCGGCCAUCCCGAAUUGCACCCUGAGACCAGCCAAGUGACACUUGGAUUAGCCGGAGACUUCCAAUACACAAAUGCCUCGUUGGCCGUCGCAAGUGCUGCAGAGUACUUGCGCAAGGUUGGCGUGGCCGAUAUCCCCGAGGAUAUCAUGAGUGCAUCCCUUCCGGCGAAGUUCAAGACCGGCCUUGAGCAAACUCGCCUAGGUGGCCGGUGUGAGACCCGCUUCGAGAAGGACGUUGCAUGGUACAUCGAUGGCGGACACACUUUGGAUAGUAUCCGGUUGGCUGGACAGUGGUUUGCCUCGCGAAUCCAAGCCGACUCAUCCUCCAAGGAAUUCGCUGCAAGGAAGACCCGGAUCUUGAUCUUUAAUCAACAAACCCGCGACAGCACUGCUUUGGCUCGUGCCCUCCAUGAGACCCUCGCAGCUGCCCUUGAAUACGAUACCCCAUUCACCCAUGCCAUUUUCUGUACGAAUAUCACAUACAAGUCGGCUGGCUUCCGGCCCGAUUUGGUCAGCAUGAACACAAAUGCUGACGACCUUGAGCUUCUGCGCGUCCAGAAAUCUCUCGCAACAGCGUGGAAUUCUAUUGACCCGAAGGCCCAAACACAUGUCUUUGGUACCAUUGAAGAGGCAGUUGAUUUCGCUCGGGAGGUUGCUGGCCAGGAACGCAAAGAUCUACAGAAGGAUGAGCCACCUGUCAUGACCUUUGUCACUGGUAGCAUCCAUCUAGUUGGAGGAUUCCUUGAUGUGGUCGAGACCAAGCCUCCUCAGUGA